AUGUCGACCGAGAAGACCCCCAUCUCGGCUGCGGGCUCUUCGUUUGACAAUACCGAUACCCACCCCGCCAUCACUCCCAGCCCUACGGCUCCUUCGUCUACCUUGGAAAUCUCUCCGGAGAAGCACGACGCUAAGGACGGUUCGGACGAUGGUACUGGACACGUCCACGAACUUCACGCUCGGCCCGAUACGGCGACCGAGUAUCAAGAAUUCAUGAACUUGCAUCAGCGGUUCAACGGUAGCAAAGAAUGGAGCAAGGUUCUUUGGAAGAUGGAUAUCCGAAUCUUGCCCCCACUUGCUAUCGCCUACCUCUUGGCCUUUCUCGAUCGAGGUAACAUCGGAAACGCCAAGGUCGCCGGAUUGACCGUUACCAUCCCCAUGUCGGAUGCCCUCUACAACACCGGUCUCGCUGCAUUCUUUAUUCUCUACAUCCUGUUCGAGAUCCCCGCUCAGUUCUUUCUGAAGCGUUUCGGGGCUCGAUGGUGGAUCAGUGGGAUGGUCAUCGCUUGCGGAAUCGUCAUGUCCACCGCCGCCUCUAUCAGCUCUCCCGCCGGCUUCAUCCUCUUCAGGCUCUUCUUGGGUCUCUGCGAAUCGGGCAUCAUGCCUGGUGUUAACGAGAUCUUGAGCUGUUGGUACACUCAGCUCGCUCGACGAGUUGCGAUCUUCUUCAGUUCGGCCUCGCUCGCCGGUGCUUUCAGUGGUAUUCUUGCCUAUGGGAUCACCGGGUUGGAGGGUCGAUACGGCAUUGAAGGCUGGAGAUGGCUCUUCCUGAUCGAAGGAGUCAUGACCUUUGGCUGUGGUAUCCUCGGACCUCUCUUGAUUGUCGGCUAUCCCAAGGACAAGCACGGCUGGCUGUCCCAGGACGAACAGCGUUACCUCAUGCUCCGUCAAAGGUUCAGCACGAACGGUCAGACGACCGCUCGAGGCGAGAGCAACGCGCCGGGGCUAGUCACAGAGGUCGCCAAGAGGUGGCACAUCUACCCUCAGAUGAUCAUCUACUUUUCGCACUCGCUCUAUAAGUAUCUACUGGGAUACAGUAUCACGUUCACCCUCCCUGUCAUCGUCCGGUCGCUCAAGUUUUCCAAGAUCGAAUCCUACCUCAUCCCCGUACCCAUCUACUUUGGAGCUUGUCUGUGGACCAUCCUGAACUGUCACAUCAGCGACAAGCGCAAGCGUCGAGCCGAACAUGUCGCCGGUCCUUUCCUGCUGGGAAUCUUGGGUCUCAUCUUCACCAUCGGUGCGCGAGCCAAACCGGGGCUCAUCGGGCUGACUAUGACAGGUCUUGUUUUCAUCGUCUUCGGAGCGUAUUCCGCUACCCCUCCUUCGCUCGCCUGGACUGCUUCCAACUUCCCCGAACCACAUAAGCACGUCGCUUUCGGUUUCCAGCUCGCUUUCGGAGCCUUUGGUGGUCUCACGGGAUCGUUUAUCUACCUGAGCAAAGAAUCGCCCUUGUUUGAUACCGGUUACAUCGUUUCGCUUGUCGUCGCUUCUAUCGCCACCGUCUGCUGCAUCGUUCUCAAGAUCGGUUACGAUAGGGCCAACAAGCAACGAGACGCGCUUUCGAAAGAGGCCAUUGAAGAACAAUGGAGCGAAAAGGACAUCGCGGCCGCGGGGGACAGGUCGCCGUACUUCCGAUACUGGUCUUGA